GUUGGGGAAAGGAUUCCCUUUCGCGGAUUCGUUUGAGGAGGCAGUCCCUGUGUUGGUCCCCUUUGCCUUUUUGAUUUUGAGUUUUUCAGCUUUCAAAUUCAUCUUUUUCUUCUUCCUUUCUUCAUUACCUCUGCCUCUCCUUUCUCUAUUAUCUUUUGGAAUUCAAUUAUUGUUCCAUUUUCGUUUCUGGGUGUUGCUCUGGUCUUUCUCUCCAGCUUUGUUGAAGGGUCGAAUUCUUUAAUCAUCCAGGUUUCCAGUUUUAUAAUUUUCUGCAAUUGAUGAGUUUCUGCUGCUGUUAGCUUGGGACCUUUCAUUUCAACAUGAACAACCUUUACUCUGAAGAUAGUGAUCAGACCACCGUAGUGGGUUUUGAAGUCCCAAAGUCCCCCGAUUCAACUUAUAACAACAUAUAUGUUGGGAGCGAAGACGAGGCACGUGAUCCACCACUCGUACCUCCUCAUUUGCAGCACACCUUACUCAGCCAGCCAGCCAGUAGAGAUGCUGGUGAAACUCUUCCAUUGCCACAGAAUGUGAUUCUGAACCAUCUUUUUAUUGAAAACCGGGAGACUCCACGUUCCGUAGUGGCUCUUGGAUUCACACACCGUUUUCAUUCAAAAUACGUCACGGUUGUGCUUUACAAACCGGUUCAUAGAAGAGGAAGUAGCAGGGCUUAGUUAUGCAUAUACAUAAGAGAAAACUUUCACUAGAAUUAGUCCGUGGGACAUUGCUACAUGGGUUUUAGCUGUAGAAAAUGUUUAUGACAUUUCGAUAUGUCAUUGAAGUUAGGGGUGGAAGCAUUUAACUUCACCAAGUAAAUGAAGGUUGACAAAGUAGAUAUUGUACCUGUAAUUUUUGAACUGUUUAGUGCAUUAAUUGAAAACAUUCAAGCA